AUGGGGAGUGGUGGCCACAGCAGUGUCCAGACCAUGCAGAUCCUGGUGGAGCCCCCCUGGAGGCCAGCAGUGCUGUGGGACCGUGAGGGACCUGAUAACUUCACUGUCAUCGAGAGAGGCACCUACAUGUGUCACAGACCCGGCACUGGGCUCAGCCCCCCUGUAGUGGUCUCAGAUGAUUUGCUGGUGCUGCAGGUGCCAGCAGGGGUGCUGCUGGAGGGGGACACGAUGACACUGCGCUGUCGGUGCGGCCAUUGGAACCACAUUGUCACCAGGGUGCAAUUUUACCAGGACGAGAAGGAAGUGAGGGGGUUCAUCAACGGGACCGAGCUGUACCUAUUUCCCCUGCAGCUGCACCACAGUGGCCACUAUAGCUGCGGGGGCUUGGUGGGGUCCUGGCAGUCACGAUCAGCAGCAGUGACAGUGAAAGUGUAUGUGCCCGUGGACAAUGCCACCAUCACCCCCGGUUUCCUGGAGGUGACUCCACAAGAUAAAGGGACACACAGGGAAACAGGUGGGGUCACUCAGGUUUGCAAGGGAGUGCAGGACACCUGCGGUGAUGGGCAAUCCUGA